CUUCUCACUCGGCCAGUGUACGUGUACUCGUCUGCUCGUCGUAGGCCCUCCGUUAUAGUCUUCCUCGCUCUUAAUUUUUUUCCUUGUGUCUUCUACAACUCUCGCGUUUUUAAAUCGACCUCCUACAGAACGUAAUAAUUUAUACAAACGCGUGGCGCUAUAAGCCGAGUGUCGAGGUAAGCACAGAGAGGAGGAGAAAGAAAUCCCAUCGCGGAAGUGCGCCGCGCGGAAUUCGUGUCGCGCGGCGACGAUGAGAAGAUUUGCGGUAUCGACGCUAACGACGCCGACUUCUGGGCCUGACUUCUGAGCCGUGCAACAGAGAUAUUACAAGUACACAGGCUGUAUACGGAGCAUUGGAUUCGGCCGCUUUUCCGCUGAGAGGAUCGAGGAAAUAGAACAUACAUUCCCGGCUGAGGUGGAUCCAGGGCUCAGCAGUAUGCAGCAGGACGCGAUAAUCGUGAGGUUCGCGCGCAAGCGCUACGCCAAGGGCCAGCCGCCGAUUCUCGACGGACUCAACAUGACCGUACCACGAGGCUGCAUUUACGGGCUACUGGGAGCGAGCGGCUGCGGCAAGACGACCCUGCUGUCGUGUGUGGUAGGCGUGAAAAAGCUGGACAGCGGCGAUAUCUGGGUUCUGGGCGGUAAGCCCGGAAAGCAAGAUUCCGGCAUACCAGGCCCUCGAGUCGGAUACAUGCCACAAGAGAUCUCGCUCGUCCAGGAGUUUACCGUCCUCGGGGCGCUUUAUUAUUUCGGCAGGAUCAACGGCCUCGAGGACAGCGAUAUCGACGAGAGGUACGGCUUCUUCUCGGAGCUGCUGAGUCUGCCGCCGAAGGACCGUCUGGUGAAGCACAUGAGCGGCGGCCAACAGCGUCGUGUCUCCUUCGCAGCUGCCCUUAUACACAAGCCGGAGCUGCUUAUCCUCGACGAGCCGACCGUCGGACUGGAUCCGAUUCUGAGGGAGAAUAUCUGGAACUUCCUCGUAAAAAUCACGAAGGAGGAGGGCACGGCCGUCGUCAUCACGACGCACUACAUCGAGGAGACGAGGAUGGCCAACAGGAUUGGCCUGCUGAGGUGCGGCCAGCUCUUGGCGGAGACCUCACCCACGGCGCUACUGAACAAGUUCCAGUGCCAGUCUCUGGAGGAGGCGUUUUUAAUACUCAGCCAGAAGCAGAAGGACAACCAGGACAAAGGCGUGCUGAACAGCGCCGACAGCGAGGUGAUCGAGGACUUGGACGAAGUCGCGACACACUCGGUGCCCGUCUCUCAGAACAACCUUCGUAGUAGCACCGAGUGCAUAAUGAGCAGCGAGAAGCAGCUGCUGGACAGCCAGUACAACGAGAAGAGACGCACGCCUAUCUUCGGUAAAAUCUUCAGGGCGCUGAUGACGAAGAACAUCCUCCAGUUCUUGAGGCAUCCGGGGGGCAUUCUCUUCGCCUUCGUAUUUCCGCUGGUGCAAGUGACGCUAUUCUUCUACGCGAUUGGCCGCGAUCCCAAAGGCAUCGUCGUGGCGAUCGUUAACGACGAGGCGGGCCACUGCGAUCACGGCAACAUCAUCGGCUCGGUUAUCCACAAUCCAGACGAGGGCACCUGCGACUACGUCGAUAUCAGCUGUCGAUUUCUCAACGGAUUUAAUUCCAGUAUUAUGGAAAAGGAAUUCUAUAGUUCGCGAGAAGACGCCAAACUGGCUGUGGAAUCGGGAAGAGCCGCCGGCACUAUGUUCUUCUCGCGGAAUUUCUCGCGCGCUCUGCAGAGCCGACGCGACAACGUGGAUUCCGCGAGCAACGCCGACAUUGUCGCAGGCGAGAUAGACACCGUUCUGGAUAUAGGCGCAAAUCGGCAGAUCGGACUGUUCCUGCAGAAGAAGCUGUUCGAGAAGUUCAUCGAGGUGCACGGGGAGAUCGUGUCGACGUGCAACAUCCCGAGGAAGUUCGCCGAUACGCCGGUUUACUUCGAAGAGCCGAUCUUUGGACGCCUGGACGGCAAGUACUCGGAGUUCGUGGCGCCAGGAUUCAUCCUCACAAUCAUCUUCUUCUUAUCGACGGCAGUCUCCUCCUCGAUAAUCAUCGCCGACCGAGCCGAGGGCGUCUGGGACCGCAGCCUCGUACAAGGCGUCACGACGGCGCAGAUCCUCUUCUCGCACAUCCUGACGCAGGUGGUGAUGAUAAUAAUCCAAGUGACGGUGGUCAUGUGCAUCAGCUUCGUGCACUUCCAGCUGCCGUGUAAGGGCUCGCUCGUCACCGUCACCGCGAUGGUUCUGCUCACGGGAAUAUGCGGCAUGUGCUACGGUUUCCUCAUCUCCGUGCUGUGCAACAGCCACACGGUGGCCAACUUCGUGUCGACCGGCAGCUUCUAUCCGAUUAUUCUGCUGUGCGGCGCAAUCUGGCCAGCGGAGGGCAUGCCGACGGUCCUGCGUUGGGUGAGCUUUGCGAUGCCGACGACGAUACCGAGCUUCUCGCUUCGUGGAAUCCUCGAGAAGGGCUACGCAGUCGCCGAGCCCGAAGUCUACACCGGCUUCCUCAUCGUCUUUGGCUGGACGUCCGCCUUCGUAAUCUGCUGUCUGAUCGGUCUCAGAGGCAAGACUGUGUAGAUACCGAAUUUUCAAACUGUCGCCCCACGAAUGCCGAUCUCGGCUGGGCUUUCUUUGCGCAAGUGUCAAAGAGAAGCUUCGCACUUUAGGGAGAGAGGAGAGUUCAGGGCUGUUAUGGCGAUGUUACAUACGGGCUGUCCGCGAGUUCGCCGCUCGAAGAUACGUAUAGAAAAAAUUUAAGCGAAACGUGUAUAAAGAGAAAUCGGUUUUCUCGUCGAUUUUUGCCAUAACCGAACGACGCCUCGCGCGCACUGUAUUAUCAUGUGAGCUAGACGUUAUCGUGCAGGUUUGCUCGUUUUUACUCUCGUGUUUUUACUCGAUCAAUAAGAAUCUAACGACUACCGUAUCGACAAUAGCAGUAUUAGAUUUUUUUCUUCGGUGUUCUUUUUAAUCGCGCGUCGUUCGGCCGCCGGCGAGGAACUUUUUUAACGAUCGCCGAGACUCGACGAGAAAACCGAUCGCGCACUGAUAUUGACGCUCUUGCCAAUAAUCUUCGAAGUCUCGCGAUAACUAUUAAUUAAACAGGGUUCUUGCGUUGUAAGAUAUUUUUAUAAGAUUUUUUUAGCCUCCUCGAGGUGCUGGUAGAUUGAUUUUUUCUUUUCCAUUCGUUAUCUCCCUUAGUCGAGAUAUAGUAGGUCUUAUUUAACUGGACAUCUUCACACUGGAUGUUGUUAUAUUUUUUUUUUUAUAUGGAUAAGAAGAUGAAAAUUCGACAAAACUUUAUUUUUCGUUGUGUAUAAUUCAGGUAGUAAUAAUUUUAGUUUUAAGUUUAACGCAAACUUCUUUUUUUGUAUAAUUCGUAUAGUCGUUAAUUAUUUUAUUUUUUAAAUCUACACUUUCCGUUAGUCUCUUUUGUUGAUUUUUAUCUGAGGAAUCCUAGAUGGUUGUAAGGAGAAAAAUUACUUUCUUGCUCGGACGCAUCUCUAGUCAGAAAACAGAAUAAAAGGAAGGUAGCAUCAGUUUGAUUUUUUUUAAACGCAAAGGGAAUACGAGUCCUUGUAUAUGUAUACGAAGUCUUUAUUCCUAGACGCGCAGUGGCAGACAAUUUUUUUACCCUAUAGAAAUAUAUGCGAGAGGUUGAGUAUAAUCCGAAGCGAAGUCGACUGUAAAUCGUCGUCGUUGCGUUUUAUAAACUUAAAAAUAUGUAAAUAACUUAUUUAUAAACAUAGUGAAUUCAAUAAACAUAUUUUUAGCGAA